AUGACGUCCCAUCAAGCAAGUCAAAUGGACUACAUUCCCUCUGUCAGCCGGAGUAGUGGCACAGACAAAGACGGUGACUCGUUGAAGGACUUUCGCGUGCAGGAAGCUUAUCUGGAGUUUAUUAAUGGGAAGCUGACCGUGUUUUGGGAAGAGUGUCUGAGCGAACCGGUGUGCCAGAAUGAGUCUGCAAAGAGAAAAAGAGUAGAGAGUCAGACGAAUGUUCUUAUUCUUUUUCGUAAACUUCGCGAAGGACUCCUAUCCUCAGGCCGCAACGACCAGUUCGCAUUGGAAGGUUCGUCAUGUCGAUGGGUGAUAUUCCAGCUACCCUCUCUCUCUCUAUCCUGUGCGUUUACUGAAAUGGACAUCUCCAUUUUGAAUGCAGUGUACGAAACGUCGCUUUAUUUAUCGAUCAUGUUUGAGUCGUCGGUGGGUAUGUUGGAUACGACGUCCAUACUUGCGCGACUCGUUCCGGGAAUGUACACCACCAUUGUUCGACCUCUCCAGUCGUCCCAAUCCCAAUCCACAUCUCAGUCCUCUGCCUCAUUAACAGCGAUACUAAUGCUCCUCCAUACCCUCGUUAUCACAUACCCCUCUCAACGAGCCUACUUCGACACUUUGAAAAGCAUCCCGGAGUGCAUACUAGACAGAAAAUCAGAGACGUAUGGAUGGGUAAGAGCCGUUGCGAGGUGUCUUGGGCGAUGCGAUUUCGUGGAGUUUGAGAAGUUGAUGAGGGGGAGCAGCGUGUUUGACUUGGUGGCGUCAGUAGGCGGGGAUUCCAAGCGGGACUCGAACAUACACGUCCAUUCAACAUCCGUUUCCAACUCUCACCUACGCAAGACAGCUCCAAACGCGCAGGCGAUACCGUCCCGACAUACCCUAGACCUAGCGCGAACAGCUUUCCGAGUGCUCUUGUCCCGCCUCCGUGCUAAAGCACGUGGCCGUGCGUGGGUCGUAUUUCGCAGUGCAUACCGGGAAAUUUCAGAGGGAGAUGAGGUGAAGAGGUGGUUGGAACGGUAUUUGGCAUUGGAGAGUGUUGAAGGCGUUGCUUUGGAGGGGACGGAGAGUGUUCCGGGGACGGGAAAGAUCCCGUUUGAUGAAUGGAUAAGGGAGAGGGAGAGGGAUGGCCACAUUGGAAGGAAGGAGGGAGCAGUUGGAAAGUGGGUAGUGUGCAAGUUGCGAUAG